AUUAUAAGACAUGUGGAUAAUCCCCAUUCUAUUGUCAAUUAGUGUUUUGUCGUCUACGAAUGUUGAGAUUUAUGAUGUCCCAAGUGAUGAGAAAACAUCACCAAGAUGGCUGGGCGAUGUACUGGAAGACACGGACAUCUCUCUUGCAAGCUUGCUGUCACUGCCGGUGGACGGAGAGAGGGUAAUGUUUGCUCUACAGUUUGUGUUGGGAUACCAAGGUCUGUUAGAACGGCUUAGGGAUGCGGCUCGAAGCCGAGACCCUCGCACUCUCCAGACCUUCAGACAACUAAAGCAGAGAGGCAAGUCUUUACAGCACAGGGUUUGGAAGAUAGUUCCGACCAAUCUUCAUGGAUCAGUUGACAAGUUUAAGCAUAAAACAGAAAGAGCUUGGGGCCGUAGCGUAGGACAAGGGACCGCCUCGGAAGUGCCGACUUUGGGGGCGCCGCAGGUGCCAUGGCAGAAACGGUACAGAAAUUGGAAAAAGAUAUGUUAG